AUGAAGUUUACUCUCACUACUCUCGUCCUCUUCCUCGCCGGCGCCUCAGCGGCGCCUGCUGCCACGACCACCCCAAACCCUUACCCCUACAGCAUCGACCAAAUCACCCUCUACCACCUCAUCGAAAGCAACACCUGGGACCUCACUAUUUCCCUAACAAAACGGGACCCCUACGGCGCCGCACUUGAGUCCACCUCCUGCCACAGCGCCUGGGUUGACGGUGCUACCUAUGUCGCUCGCGAAGUCUGCCAGGACCCGAACUACGCCUUCUGGCUGCCCAAUGCCGCGCCUGAUCCCGAACAGGGCUGGGAUGUCGUUGUUGAUGGACCGGCGGGGCAGGCUGAGGGCGCUAUUGAAUAUGGACCUAAGUACAGCUGCGGUCCGUAUAAUGGUGAUAUUGGGAACAUUUAUACCGAGUGUGCGACGAGGAACGGCGGGUGGUUCUUUCUUCAUGAGAGGGAAACUGUUUAA